CCAGCACCAAGAUGAGUGUCACCUCCUGGUUCCUGGUGAGCAGCAGCGGCACCCGCCACCGGCUCCCACGAGAGCUCAUCUUUGUGGGGCGAGAUGAGUGUGAGCUUAUGCUGCAGGGAAACUGAAGGUGGAGAGCUCAAGCAUGAACAGAGAGAGCCCAGGAAGGCUAUGCAACCCCUGUCACCCGCACCAUGGUCACCAGUCUACCUCCCACCCCAUGUCCUCUCAGCUGUCUUCCCCUCUCUCUCCUGUGGGCCACCUCUGCUGGGAAGUCCUUACUGCCACAUCACACCUGGCCCCAGGUCGCCACCCCCAGUCUGCCUCACCCAUCCUGGCAGUCCCGCAGCGUGGAUAAGCAGCAUGCCGUCAUCAACUAUGACCCUGACCGAGACGAGCACUGGGUAAAGGAUCUGGGCAGUCUCAAUGGGACUUUCGUGAAUGACGUGCGAAUCCCAGACCAGAAGUACAUCACCCUGAAGCUCAACGACGUCGUCCGCUUUGGCUAUGAUUCCAACAUGUAUGUGCUGGAGCGGGUACAGCACCGUGUGCCUGAGGAGGCCCUCAAGCAUGAGAAGUACACCAGCCAGCUGCAGGUGGGUGUCAAGAGCCCGGCACCCAGGAGGAACGAGGCGCCACCUGAAUUCACAGCCUACUGCGAGUCCUCUCACCCCAGGCCAGAGAAGGGAGACCGGAGACCUACCGAGUCGGUGGUGUACCGCACACCUUUGUAUGGGCAGCCGUCCUGGUGGGGUGAGGAUGACAGUGGCACACCGCCCGAGGACCGGCGCCAGGAGGAUCCCUACCCAGAGCGGGCCAAGGAGUCAGCACAGCAGGAUGGCGAGCUGGGCGCCCCACCAGCCAGCUUUUGCACUCCUGUCGAGCCUCAGGGCUACUCUUUCCGGCGGGAACCCAGCUACUUUGAGAUCCCCACAAAGGAGGCACCUCCACCACCAUCACGGCCACCAGAGGUGCCAGAGCGUGAGGUGCCCACCAAGGACGAGGAGGUGAUGGGUGGUAGCGGGGCUGCGCCUGUGGUGCAGAGCCACGCUUCCUUCACCAUCGAGUUUGACGACUGUAGCCCUGGCAAAGUGAAGAUCAAGGACCACAUCACCAAGUUCGCCCUGCGCCAGCGGCGGCCCACUGGCAAGGAUGCCACGCCUACAGAGAUGGUCUCCGCCGAGACCAAGGUGGCUGACUGGCUGGUGCAGAACGACCCAAGCUUGCUGCGCCGAGCUGGCCCGGCCGACGACCGCCACAGCACCAAGAGCGAUUUACCCAUGCACACCCGCACCCUGAAAGGUCACAAGCAUGAAGACGGAACACAGAGUGACUCAGAGGACCCCCUGGUCAAGGCAGCUCCAGUAGCCGGUACCCCUGUGGAGGCCGGCGGGGAGCAGAUGCGGCUGCAGAGGCAGAUCAAGCGAGAUCCCCAGGAGCUGCUGCACAACCAGCAGGCCUUUGUCAUCCAGUUCUUUGAUGAGGACACACCCCGCAAGAAGCGGUCACAGUCCUUCACACAUACCCCACCCGGAGACCCCAAGGCUGACAAGCGCCGGGGCCCUGGGUCCACAGAUCGAGAACGCCCGGGCACUCCUGCGCGGGGGACAGCAGGCAGCAGCUUGGGGUCCCAGAGGGCCAGCUCACUGAAACGAGAGAAGACAGAGGAGCGGCUGGCCAGUGCCUCACUGGCCACUCGGACCCCUGCUCGUCCCUUUGGCAGUGUGGGCCGCCGCUCCCGCCUGGCCCAGGACUUCAUGGCCCAAUGCAUGCGGGAAAGCUCCCCAGCCACCAGGUCCAGUGCUGAGAAGGUGUCCCCGGGGCCACCCGCACCCUUGACAUCCUGUGGGGCCAGUCCCAUGGCCUCCCCGGCUACACCACCCCCUCCUGCUGAACCACAGUUGCUCAAGGCACACAGACAGGAUGAGGACGACAGCCUCAGCGAUGCAGGCACUUACACCAUCGAGACAGAGGCUCAGGACAGGGAAGUGGAGGAGGCCCGCAAGAUGAUCGACCAGGUAUUUGGUGUACUUGAGUCCCCUGAACUCUCCAGAGUGUCCUCAGCUACCUUCCGCCCUGUGAUCAGAGGGGACAGUGACGGAGGCAUGGCCCAGAGAAUGGCCUUGCUGCAGGAGUUUGCCUCCCGGCCGCUGGGUGUGAACCCCUCGUUGGAGCACCAGGGCCUAAUGGUUCCAGGAUGCCCUGGAGGUCAGAAGUGGGUGUCGCGCUGGGCCAGCCUGGCCGACAGCUAUUCAGAUCCCAGCCUAGCAGAGGACAGCCUGAGACACAGAGCAGGAGAGCCUGAGGGGGCCCCGCCUACACGCACCAGACGACUGCUUCCCCAGCUGCCCAGUGACAGGGCUGACAGCCCUUCGGGCCCAGAGGCCACCAGGAGGAAUGGGCUCGGGCUGCCAGAGCAGGGCAUCGAGCAGCCCACCCACCUGGUUAGCCAGGAGGACCUAGACCCUGAUAGCCUCAGUGAUGCCAGUGGUUCAGAUGGAGGCCAGGGCUCUGAGCUGGGCACAGAGCAGCUGGAAGACAGGCACAGGACCCCUCAGGAGGGCCUGGCCUGGGCCAAGGGGCGACGGUCGCCAAAGGCUCCUGGGGAACCUGCCCCCGUCUCUUUCUACAUUGGCGACCAGAAUGAGGCCGUUGGUUCCCGGAAACCCUUGGCACCUCCUAGGGAGGCAGAGGGUCCUAGGCGAGUGACCCAGGCCAGCCCCUCGGCAAGGGACGGCCUCUACAUGAGCAGCAGUGGGAGGAUGGUCAUCCAGCUGCACACUGGGUGCUCCCCCGAGCCCAGCAGCUCUGGCCCCAUCCUACCACAGGAGGCUCCAGGCUUUGUGCGGCAGGAGAGCUUCACCAAGGAGCCAGCAAGUGGCUCCCCAACACCUGGCAAACUCCCGCACAUUCCCAGCCACCCGCUCCUGCAGGACCUGACUGCGGUCCGGGCCACACGCAUGGAUCUCCAUGCACAGGAUACGCACCUGAUUCUGAAGGAGACAGAGACAGCCCUGGCAGCCUUAGAGGCCCAGCUUCUCUCCAAGACCACGGACAAAGAAGACGAGGGGGGCAGCAUUCCCAGGCAGCCAGACGACUCCCUCUCUGGGGACUCAGACGUGGACACUGCCAGCACCAUCAGCCUGCUCAGUGGCAAGAACGGGCCUAGCCCUACGACCCCACAGCCUCUAGGACCACAGAAGGAGAGGCUGCCGUCUCCGCCAGUGGCUCAGGACCCAGGGGCGAUCACCCUGGGCAGCGCGCGUGAGCGACUCUCAGAGAAGCAGCAUCGCUCGACAGGUCCUGGUGACCUGGGCCGAGGAGAGGCGGCGCGGCACCUGGCUGUCCGGCGCGGCCAGGGUCCCCGAGGGUCCCAGGACUGGCCCGAGGACCGUGGCUCCAACCUCACCCACCUGCCCCGCGCAGACACAGGCACCCCCAACCAUGAGACCCCAGAGACCACUGGGGCAGGUCGCCCAGGUCCUCGCCGGAAACCAGUGGCCCCACCUUCCCUGGCUGCCCAGGAGGAGCAGAGCCGUGGUUCUACCAGUGUCCAGAAGGUGCAGCAGGCACUGACCCGCUCUAAUAGUUUGUCCACCCCGCGGCCUACACGGGCUUCCCGGCUCAGGCGGGCCCGGCUGGGGGACACCUCUGACACCGAGGUCACGGACAGUGAUCGGGGAGCCACAGGCAACCCUGAGCCAGUGAGCCGACCAGCUGCCGAACAGGCCAAGAAGCUGUCUCGCUUGGACAUCCUGGCUAUGCCCCGGAAGCGGGCUGGCUCCUUCACAGGGCCCAGCGACUCUGAGGCGGCCCCUGCCCACACAGGCUUUUCUGGCCGCAGUGUGGACCUGUGCUGUGCCAACCGCAAGCCCACCAUGGCUGAUGCCCGUGUUGCCGCCCGCAAAGCUGCUGCCACAGCCACCGCAGGCUCCCGCCAGCCCUUUAGCAGGGCACGCCCGGGCAGUGCCAGAUACUCCUCCAACACUCGUCGUCGGCAGCAGGGCUCGGAUUACACAUCCACCUCCGAGGAGGAGUACGGCUCCCACCACAGCUCCCCCAAACAUGCACGCUCCCAUACCUCAACAGCCACGCAGACCCUGCGGGCCAGCAGUGUAGGCCGGGUUCGUUCCCGGGCCCCUGGCCCUCGGGACACAGACGAUGAUGAGGAGGAGCCUGACCCCUACGGGUUCAUCGUGCAGACGGCUGAGAUUGCAGAGAUUGCCAGGCUGAGCCAGACGCUAGUGAAGGAUGUGGCCACUCUGGCCCAGGAGAUCCACGACGUGACUGCAGAUGGCGAUCCGAUGGGCUCCUCGGGGCUGGCACGUAGCCCAUCUCUUGGGAACAUGCCCAGCACCCCCGCCUCAACCAUCUCUGCCCGAGAGGAGCUGGUACAACGCAUCCCGGAGGCCAGCCUCAACUUCCAGAAGGUGCCGCCUGGGGCUCUGACCUCUCGGGAUCUGGACCAGAACAUGAACAACAGCCACGAGGAUGCCUUUGGCAACAAGACAAGGCCUCGAAACCGUGAGGAGGUGAUCUUUGACAACCUGAUGCUGAACCCGGUGUCCCAGCUGUCCCACGCCAUCCGGGAGAACACUGAGCAUCUCACCGAGAAGAUGAAGAUCCUCUUCCAAAACACGGGCCGUGCAUGGGAGGACCUGGAAGCCAGGAUCAACGCAGAGAAUGAGGUGCCUAUCCUGAAGACAUCCAACAAGGAGAUCAGCUGCAUCCUGAAGGAGCUGCGGCGCGUACAGAAGCAGCUGGAAGUCAUCAAUGCCAUCGUGGACCCCAGCAUCAGCUUGGACCUUCUCACGGGAAACAGGACUCCCACAGGCCCCACUGCACAGGGGCUGGGGAAAGGCCCCACCGUGCCUGCUCCAGCUGAGAGCCUGCUGCCCCUGAGGGGCUUCCCACCAAGGGCCACCUGUGGGCCACCCAGCCUCCCUGAGCCUGCCUUCCUUCCCGAUGCCGAGCACUUCCUGAUCUAGGCCCCGGCCAGGCCAGGCCUCCUGUGCCUGACUGUCCACCGGUAGACCUGCCGCCCAGCCACAGUGUCUCUGAAUCCCCUUCAUGUGCCAUAGCCCCAUGGGCGGGCACCUCCUGCCCUGCCAGCACCCCACCCACCUUGCCACCCCCAUGGCCACUGUACACUGGGGCCUCCUGGCCCAGCUCUUGGUGUGGCCGCUGCCAAAGGCACACCCCCCAACCUGUCAUUUUGUCAUUAGCUUUCAAGGCAAGAGUAGCCUGUGCCAUGGCAGUACCCUGCUGAUCUAUCCCCACCUGGAUGCUGGCCCAAAGCCAGGCAAGGAAGGGAUGGACUGGGGCUGUUCAGUGCCAAAUGGGAGCUGGAGGCCUGUGCCCUGGCCAGAGCUACUCCGGAGAGUCCAGCAGCCAAUGUGGCUGUGGCAAAAUCGGAGCAGGGACCCCACAGCUCCUAGCUUUUGGUGCCAACACAACUGCCAAACCCCCAAGCUUGAGGGCUCCCAGUGGGGCCCUCCCAAGUAUGGGCAUAGGUAGGGGGACGCAGGCAGUUGUUGGGGCAGCCCCAGUGCCCCUCGAUGCUGUACUGAAGGUGUGGGGUGGCAGGGGCACCAGCAGCCCUUCGGAGAGGGAGGACUUAACCAAAGUGACUGGAAACAGGUUUCUGGAAGCUCAUGCAGGGGUGUAGACAGCGUGCCCAGUUCUACCCCUGUCCUCCCAGAUGCUGUGGGCAUUAAAUGGGCAUCUGCAACAGGCAGUAGCCUGAUCCCUUGCAGGGACAGCAGGGACACAGGGACGGGCCCAGAGCAGUGAUGCUUUCUCAGGAUUCUUCCAGCUGGGAACUGGCCCCUCUGCGGUGCCCCUCUGGAGCCCCAGGUCACAGCACCAAGGCUGCGCAGGGUGGGGCGAGGGCUGGGGCAGCCACAGGCGGAUCUGAAGGCCAUGGCGGCGACGCAGCUCCCUGUUUACAGUUUGCUGACAUGGAGCCAGGUACCUGUGCCCCAGCCCCCCUGAUGUUUACGUGCGUGCGUGCGUGUGUGGGGCCAGGUGCAAGACGCCACUGGCCCCACCCCAAGAGCCUGCUGUCCCUUUGGAGGAGGUGCUAGCCGGGCUGCAGCCCGCCUGCAUUCCCCACGCAGUGGCCCACAGCCUGGCUUCAGGAGCACAGUGGCCACUCACCUUUGUCCACGCCCCGCCCUUGGUCACCGCUGUACAAUUUUUUUAUGCACACGUUGGUGUUCCUCCCCAUGUCACAGUCCUGGUCCCCCCACCGGCCCUAGACCUGGGUACAUACCACCCCGGCUGGCUUCUCGGUGGUGUCUCUACAUUGUUCUCAGGUGGUCUUGUGGAUGUCUCAGAAAUGGUUAUUUUAUAUGAUUUGUCAUGGAGUUUGUUCUAAUAAAUCAUUCUUGUAUCACGUGGCAGCA